CUCGCCAGGAAAACCAGCUCCUCAUCAGCAACUGGACCUGACAAGACCACACAGAUGAACAUCAAGAAGCGUCCUCUCAGCGUACUCACAUUUUUUAUUGCAAUGAUCAACCAAAUCCACAAACAUACCUAUCCCAGACAACUGGAAAAAAGUCAACUUGUUUAUAAUCCAAGAAGGACCCCGCUAUGACUAGCUCAUACAGUUCUAUCUCACUUCGGUCACCGAUCGGCAAGCUUAUGGAAAAGCUGUUUUGAGGAGAAUCAGAAGCAGUAUCAAAUCGCAUCGCCAUAAACAUGGCAUAAAAAGUGAUCAUACAGCAACAACGGCAGUAGCACAAGUCAUGAAUUAUUUAAUACCCAGUCUAAAUAUGAAAAGUCCACCGCAACGAGUAGUCCUGACAUGCCUCAAUCAUCGGGCCGAUUUUGACUAAGUUCCUACGAAAAAGCUCUGCACAGAAUAA